GUGGACAUUAAUAAAUAAAGCAUUUAAGGUUGUAAAUUAGUUUAAAUCUCCUAUUCAUACAUUUGCAUUGGAUUACACAUUUCUAAAAGCACGUUAAGAAAGCAGCUACAAAAUGCCUGCAGUCAUUCAUGUAAAUUGCGAAGCCACUGGCAUUUCGGCCAGCGAUAAGCGGCCCAGUCAAGAACGUGACCAACGCCACCAACAGCACCUGCAACUGCAACAAAAGCUUCGCUGCACUGAUAAAGAGGCAAUCUAUGGGCAGCAACAUGCUGGAGAAUGCGCAGCGAUCAGUCGGAAUGUUAACGUCAACGCGUUUGGACGCACCUGCGGUGCAGGCCGCUGCCGCUCAAGCGGUCGCUGCUGAGCGUGAGAGCGUUUGCGAUGCAAAUGCAAAUGCAAAUAUAAAUGCAACAAAAUCGCCAACGCGUAAAGAAAAAACAAUUUUGAAUUGGUUGGUGAAAAGUGCGAGUGCGAGUGCGAGUGCGAAUACGAGUGCCAGCAACGAAAACAAUAAUCGAGUGUCGCGCGUUUAUAACAAUUAUAGCAGCGACAACUAUAAUAAUCAACGGAAUCAUAAUUGCACCUGUGAACGGGAACAAACGCGCGCGUUAUUCAAGCAGCGCGCGGACAGCGGAUUGCGCGAUUUUCGCGGCGUGCAGACCUUGCGGCAUUUGUGGAAUAAGCGCAUUAGUGCCUCCAUAGAGCAGGCAGAUGCACCCAGUCGUGGUCCUAUUGGUACGCUACGCAAGCUUAACAAAUCGGUCAGCUGUUUGGUGAACGCGUUUAAUAACGCGCGCGAGUCGCCCGCGGCUGUGGAGACGCACGCAAAACGCACGCUCAGCCUACACGAUUGCACGCAAAUCGAGGCGUACGAACGCAACGUUGGCGACUUAAAUCGCGAGAAGGACAAUUUCUACAAAUACAAAAACGCGGAACAAGCCAAAAUGCGCAAUAAACUGCGACGCAGCAGCGCUGCAGGUGCGCCUCGAGAGCGAGGCCACAGCAUUGAGGAUACUCUACAUUUUCCCGUUGUGAAAGCAGCAAGUGGUGGAGGUGGAGGUGGUGGUGGAGGAGGCAGCUCUGUCGGUGGGGAACGUUUGCAAUGGCCAAAACGUCAAGACGUCAUUGGCCAACAACAAUGCAUAACGAAACGGUAG